UGAGCUAACUGGCACCAUGAAAAUAACAGGUGUCUUUCUGCUCCUCUCUCUGGCUCUUCUCUGCUUUUUGUCAGGUGCCUCCAGUCAAGGAGGGAAGGACAAAAGAGGCUGGAUCACAAGAUCAGAGGGCCGAUUGCCAAGGAAAGGUGUCUUAAGGGGUCGUCUCUUUAAAAUUAAUUGUGGUGAGUUCCGUGACCCCAAUGUCUUCUGCACACGGGAGUCUGACCCACUCUGUGGUUCAGAUGGCCAGACAUAUGGAAAUAAAUGUGCCUUCUGCAAGGCAUUGGCGAAAAGUUCUGGGAAGAUCAACCUGAAGCACCAUGGGAAAUGCUGA